CUUUACCGAGCUCAUUCAGGAGAAAGUGGACUUACAGGACUGGAUGGAGGAGCUGGAGCAUCGAUGUAUCUGGAUGUCUGGAGAGACUGACACCAUCGGAGAAUACAUUGCUCUCUACCAGACCCAGAGAGCAGUGAUGAGGAAGGAGCACCAAGAGAAGGAGGAGUCCAUAAGCCAGCUGGCCCAGGACAAAGAGGAGAUGAAGGUGAAGCUGUUAGAGCUGCAAGAGCUGGUUUUGUGUCUGGUGGAGGUGCACAACGAAUGGUGGGUGAAGCUCUGAGCCCCUGCCCAGAAC